CCGCCCCGCGGUCAGCAUGAAAGCCUUCAGCCCGGUGAGGUCCGCGAGGAAAAGCAGCGCGGCGGACCACAGCCUGGGCAUCGCGCGCAAGGCGCCCGCGGACGACCCGCUGAGCCUGCUGUACAACAUGAACGACUGCUACUCCAAGCUCAAGGAGCUGGUGCCCAGCAUCCCGCAGGACCGGAAGGUGAGCAGGAUGGAGAUCCUGCAGCACGUCAUCGACUACAUCCUGGACCUGCAGAUCGCCCUGGACUCGCACCCCGCCAUCGUCAGCCUGCACCACCAGCGGCCCGGGCAGAGCCCGGCGGCCAGGACGCCGCUGACCACCCUGAACACGGACAUCAGCAUCCUGUCGCUGCAGGCUUCCGAGUUCCCCUCCGAGUUCAUGACAAAUGACAGCAAAGCGCUCUGUGGCUGAGAACACGGUGGUCGUGGCUUUUCUUUUCUUCUUUGCACAACAGCCGAUCCGCAGGAACUUAUUUUUCAACCAUUUCACCGGGAAGACGGACAGCAGGCCGAAUGGACCCUUUUAAAAAAUGGAAGCAAAACUAAGAAGGAUCAGAUCGUCUUCCCCGGGGCGCCUCCUGACCCGGACGGUGAUGUUAGUUAUUUAUGAAAAAGACUUUUUAAUGCCCUUCCUGCCGUCGGAAGGUGUUCUUUAUAUGCUGUUCACACCGUGGGGAGCAAAAACGUGAAAAUCACAAGGAACUGCCCGAAUUCAGCAGACUUUGCCUUUUUUUUUCAAAGGUGGAGCGUGACUAUCAGAAGGAUCCAGCGUUCAGUCCCUUAAAUGAAGUCUUUUGGUCAGAAAUGACCUUUUCUGACUCGAGCCUACUGAAUGCUGUGUGUAUAUUUAUAUAUAAAUAUAUAUGUAUAUUGAGUGAAGCCUCGUGAACUCUUUCCCUAGAGUUUCCUUGUACAGCGGCAGAGAUGUGUAUUUCUGCGUUCAAAGCGUAACGAUGUACUUAUUCGGGCUAAACUUUUUAUAAAAGUUUGGUUGUAAACUUAACCCUUUUAUACAAAAUAAAUCAAGUGUGUUUAUUGAAGGGUGA